AGCCUCUCGGAGUCCCCUGGUGGGCUGUCUCCGCUGCGCGAGCGGUCGCCGCCCCCGGGAGCAACGGGUGAAGCCAGUGCGCCCGAGGAGAGAGGAGGAGGUGGCCCCGCUGCGUCCCGGGUCCCGAGGGGUGCAGGACGAGGAGAGAGGCUCCACGCCAACAUGCCACCGCCCUGGGGCCUGGCGCUCCCGCUGCUGCUCCCCUGGGUGGCAGGUGGAGUAGGGACCGCGGCCAGUCCACGGGAUCAUGGGCCAUCAGCACUGGCUCGCCAGGCUGGGGUCUGUCGCUAUGGAACUAAGCUGGCCUGCUGCUAUGGCUGGAGAAGGAACAGCAAGGGAGUAUGCGAAGCUAUGUGUGAGCCCGGAUGCAAGUUUGGAGAAUGUGUGGGACCAAACAAAUGUAGGUGCUUUCCAGGAUACACCGGGAAAACCUGCAACCAAGACGUGAAUGAGUGUGGAGUCAAACCCCGGCCCUGUCCACACAGAUGUGUGAAUACACAUGGUAGCUACAAAUGCUUUUGCCUCAGCAGCCACAUGCUCCUACCAGAUGCCACAUGUGCAAACUCCAGGACCUGUGCCAGCACAAAUUGCCAAUAUGGCUGCGAAGACACAGAAGAAGGGCCACGGUGUGUGUGCCCAUCCUCAGGACUCCACCUGGGCCCGAAUGGAAGAGUCUGUCUGGAUGUUGAUGAAUGUGCUUCUGGUAAAGCAGUCUGCCCCUACAAUCGAAGGUGUGUGAACACAUUUGGAAGCUAUUAUUGCAAAUGUCAUAUUGGUUUUGAACUGAAAUAUAUUGGCCAUCGAUAUGACUGUGUAGAUAUAAACGAAUGUCUUCUGAAUACUCAUACAUGCAGCCUCCAUGCCAAUUGCCUCAACACCCGAGGAUCCUUCAAGUGCAAGUGCAAGCAGGGAUAUAAAGGCAAUGGACUUCAGUGUUCUCUUAUCCCAGAAAAUUCUGUGAAAGAAGUCCUCAGAAUACCUGGGACCAUCAAAGACCGAAUCAAGAAGUUGCUUGCUCACAAAAACAGCAUGAAAAAGAAGAUGCAGAUGAAAAAUGUCACCCCGAGACCCACCAGCACUCGCACCCCUAAGGUUAACUUGUCCUUCAGCUGUGAAGAGAGUGUUUGCAGGGGUGGCCACUCCAACAGAGAAAGCAAAGCAAAGGAAGAGAAAAUGAGAGAGGCACAUGAGGAAGAGAAAAGAGAAGAGAAAGUCCUGAAGAAUGAAGUAGAACACGAGCGACGCCUUCGCGGAGACGUGUUUUCCCCUAAGGUAAAUGAAGCAGAUGAUUGGGGUCUGGUUCUGGUUCAAAGAAAACCGAUAAAUUACAAACUGGAACACAAAGACUUAAAUAUCUCAGUUGACUGCAGCUUUGACAAUGGGGUCUGUGACUGGAAACAGGACAGAGAAGAUGAUUUUGACUGGAAUCCUGCUGAUAGAGAGAAUGCUGUUGGUUAUUACAUGGCCGUUCCAGCACUGGUGGGACACAAGAAGGAUACUGGCCGAUUGAAACUUCUCCUUCCAAACCUGACACCGCAAAGCAACUACUGUUUGCUUUUUGAUUACCGGUUGGUUGGAGACAAAGUAGGGAAACUUCGAGUGUUUGUGAAAACCAGCAACAAUGCUCUGGUAUGGGAAGAGACCAAGAAUGAGGAUGAAGGAUGGAAAACAGGAAAAAUUCAGUUGUUUCAAGGGAUUGAUGCUACCAAAAGUAUCAUUUUUGAAGCUGAACGUGGCAAGGGCAAAACUGGUGAAAUUGCAGUGGAUGGUGUCUUGCUGGUGUCAGGCUUGUGUCCAGAUGGCCUUUUAUCUGUGGAAGGAUGAUGUUAGUAUCCUUUCAUAUGUUUAUAUUUGGCUUCUUUAUAUUAAUUGUUCUUUGAUAUUAUAUUAUAGGACACUCCCAUUUAGAAAUACAAGCUGAAAAUUUGUAAUGUAACAACUGAAAUGCCAUUGUAAUAUUUCUUUUUUGUAUCCGAUGUACCAAGACUUCCUUAAAUGUAGUACCACUGUGUCUUCUCAUUCAUUUCGGAAUGUUCCACAUUAUAUUAUAAAAUGCAGAAAUGCCAACUCCUCUCUCCCUACCUGGUAUGUCUGAUUUUUCUACAUGUAUUGAUGGACUUCUAUAUAACAUCUCUACAAUAACCAUUAAAAAGUUCAGAGAAA